AUGUCGGACAGCCUCCUUGCCCGCAUCCCGCAGGAGCUCCUCUUGCCCAUCAUGGCGGACGCUUUCCCGGACAGUGACCGCUUCCACGACAACGUAGACAUGACAACGGAGGGGCAUCUGGCGCAGCGGCAGGCGCUGCAGGAGAUUGUCGAGGACGCCGGCGCUGUGCUGCCGGUGCUCGUCCGCCGUGCGGCGCUGGACGUCUCGAUGGGCUACCUGCAGCCGACGACCAUGGCCGCCCUGCUGGGGGAGGUGGCUCGCUUCCAGGCGCAGCCGGCACUAGGCCGGGCGGUGCGAACGCUUGUGUUGGACGUGGGCUUUCUGGCGAGUUCAGGUGCAGGUGCAAGUGGUGGCGGUGACGUGGAAACGUCUGAUAAUGCCGAGGAGGAUCCUCUCGUAGACGUAUACCGCCUGGCGCACGAGCAAAUGCCGGUGGGUGUCCAGAUGCCGGCCGACAGCGAGUAUGGCAGCAGUAGCAGCGGCGAUGGCAUGGAUGACAGCGACGGCAUGGACGGCACAGAUGCCGGCUCCGACGCCGAAUCCACACGCCUUCCGGCGUGGGUGGCGCGCUGGGGCGUUCCUCUGACGCGCCUCCUGCAGCGCACGCCGGGCCUGUCGGCGCUGACGAUGGGACUUCGCGGCGCCGCAUCGAUUCCGGCCAUUGAUGGCGACGACGACGCCACGGCGGACGACGACACCAACAGCCGCCUGUCGCUCCCCCGACUCGCGUCGCUCUUGUUCGACCAGAGCCAUCCCUUCCACGGCGGCGGCGUCCUCGACACGUCUGGGAUGAUUAUGCGCAGCUGCCCCAACCUGAGGGAGCUGUAUCUCUCGGGCAUCGACCAGGUGGUCGACAGACACCAAGGUCCAGGUCAAGGUGAGUCUUCUUUUCCUUUGUCUGUGUCUUCGUCGUCCCCUACUCUAACUCACCUCAAGGCCUUGUACUUUCUACGGGGCGUGCGCCUGACGCCCAGUGCACUGGACCGCGUUCUGUGCAUCGUCGGUCCACAUCUCACCAAGGUAAGCGUCGAAGUGCCGGGUGGCGGUCCCCGGUGGACGACGCCGCACAUGGCAGCGUUGGUGGCAGGCGCCCCUGCUGACGACGACGACAACAACAACGACAACGCCACGCCCGCCGACGACAGCGAAACGCGCUGCUACACGACGCGCGAGCUCGUGACCCGCCUGCUGCCCUGGGCCGGCUCGCUGCAGUACCUGCGGCUGGUCACCCGCUUCCAGCACGAGCUCAGCGUGUGCCGCCGCGAACGAUCCGAGGCCCGCCGGCAACGGACGGCGCCGCCGCCGAGCAUCAUGUCGCUCGUGGCCCAGUUCACCCGCCUCCAGAACGCCUGGUUUGGGCCCUACGCCUGCCGCCCGGCCGUCCUGGGCCUGCUGCGGGCCGUCCGCCGCGGCCACUUCCCGUGCCUGGCCGCCGUCGUCAUCGACGUGCCCCUGAGCGACGACGACGUGGUCGAGGUGGACGUGGGCGAAGACGACGCUGGUGGCACGCGCACGCUGCCGGUCCAGGUGCCGCACGCGCACGGCUUUGUGCGCGAAGACAUGUCGCCGCAGCGGGGCUUCUGGUCGGCGCGCCAGCUGUGGCGGGAGCAGCUCAAGCGGGAGCGCGAGGCGGCGCGGCAGCAGCAGAUGCAGGCGCAGGCCGAGCUGCAGGACAGCUCAGAUCUGUUUAUGCCCCAGUAG